CCACCACAAACAGGGGCUAUAUAAAACGCACCGUUUCGCUCCCAUUUCCCACCCCUUAAAAACAAAAAUAAAGAAGAUCAGCUAUCGGAAAAUGUCUACGUCACCGUCCGUCACCGAACUCCAGGUGGAGAACUUUACGUUCCCUCCGACGGUGAAGCCUCCUGGUUCCACCAAAACUCUGUUCCUUGGUGGCGCAGGGGAGAGAGGGUUGGAAAUCCAAGGGAAGUUCAUAAAGUUCACCGCAAUUGGAGUUUACCUGGAAGAUAGCGCCGUGAAUUGCCUCGGCGUUAAGUGGAAGGGUAAGAGCGCGGUGGAAUUAACGGAAUCCGUUGCGUUUUUCAGAGACGUGGUUACAGGUGAUUUUGAGAAGUUUAUACGGGUGACAAUGAUAUUGCCAUUAACGGGUCAACAGUACUCUGAGAAAGUAUCAGAGAAUUGCGUUGCUAUUUGGAAAUCUCUUGGAAUCUACACUGAUGCAGAAGCAAAAGCCAUUGAAAAAUUCAUUGAAGUCUUCAAGGAUGAAAACUUCCCACCUGGCUCGUCCAUUCUUUUCACUAUUUCAGGCCAAGGUUCCUUGACUAUUGGGUUCUCCAAAGAUAGCUCAGUACCAGAAGGUGGGAAAGUAGUGAUAGAGAAUAAACUACUUGCAAACUCAGUGCUGGAAUCCAUCAUUGGUAAGAAUGGAGUUUCUCCUGCAGCAAAGGAAAGCUUGGCAUCAAGAUUAUCACCAUUGUUCAAUGACUGUGGAGCCGACAGUGAAAAACCUCAGUCUUAAGUUGAGUUUCAGUGUCUGUUUCAGACCAGCUGAUGUUAUUGUUUUCUUAAAUCUUGUGUGGUCUUUUUAUAUAGCAAUGAAGCAAAUAAAGUGUAAUUUGAAUUCUAGUUUCAAACUCAAAUAUUCCACUGAAUCAUCAUCUCUGGGUUAUCUUUGUUUUCAGGAAA